AUAUACUGAAGCUGCAACUUGUUGUGCUUCGCUUCCGCCGCCUCAUUUAUCGGAGAAUCUAGCCGGCGUUUCACCGGAAAAAAAAAUUAAAACCGCGUUCACCGCCGUUUGCUUCAGAGUUGGAGUGAGCUAAAAGGAAGAAAGGCAAAGACUUUUCGUAGUUUUAUGCAAAAGGGGUUUCCCACUUUCCCUAUUUUUCAAGUCUUACAAAAGUUUCAUCUUUUGGGUUAACCUGAUUCUCCUUAUUCCAAUUCUCAAAUCAGUUUCAUUUUUUCUCAUUCUCUUAACCAUUCCAAUUCUGAUUCUGACUUGAAACGUUAUCAUCAUCAUCAUCAUGGGGUUGAAGGUUUUGCAAUUGUCACAGCCAGUGCUUCCUCAUUCUCCUUCUUCAUCUCAAACUCUAGCCUCUGCGAUCUCAUCUCCUUCGUCCAAACCACGAAGCCGCAACAACAGCGGUGGAGGAGAUGGAGGAGCAUGUUCUCCGGCGGUGUUCCGAUUGGUGCACCGCUCCAGCCUCUUCCGAUCGACGCAGCAGCAGCAGAAGGUUCUUCUUCACAGGUCUCGAUCUUUCAACAACUACCCACUUUCUACUCGCAGAAGAACCAUAAGAAGGGCCUUCAGCGCGAGCUUGGAGUCUUUCUCCGACGAAGAAUUCUCCAAAAAGAUUGAAGACUUAGCUCUCAGGUUCCAGCUUUCCGGUGACUCCAAUGCAAUGGAUUCGAAUUCGGAUUUCUUCUCUUCGAAUUGCAGUGACGAAUCUUCAUCUUCUUCUUCAGCGGUCAAUUUUACCGACCAGGAGUUUGAGCCACCGUGGAGCGGCGGUGGCGAGGAGAUUAUUAUUCCGGCGAAUAUUGAACGGAAAGCGAACAGCGUGGACUUACCCUUUUCACUGAGAAUCAUAAAGAAGAAGCUUCAGGGAAAAGAAGGUAUAAUAGAGGCAAAGGAAAAUGCUUAUUGCUCCGUGAAGAAAGCUUUCUCUUCAAUGGUCUUCAUCAUUCGAGAACUUCACAGUUACACACUCCAAAUGAGGGAGAUUCUCUUCUACCAAGAUCUUCAAGGGAUUCUCCAAAGGGUUCAGAAGGAAAUGCAUGCAUCCUUCGUUUGGCUCUUUCAACAAGUCUUCUCUCACACACCAACCCUUAUGGUGUAUGUCAUGAUUCUCCUCGCCAAUUUCACCGUCUAUUCAAUGGGGCACAACGCCGCCAUCGCCGCCGUAACUCCGACAAGGGAGGUAGCUUCUUCCGUGAGCGACGCUCACGACCAAAAGAACCACCACAAGUUUGAUUCCACCGCAAUCAAGACAUUCUCAGUGUCAAAUUCGAACGGGAGAAAAACAGCCUGCGUCGGCGGCGGAAAUGGAGGCGGCGGGAAGUUCCGUCCAGUAGCCAACGGUACCGACGGGGACGGAAGGUUCGACGGGUCGGACCGGUCCCGCCACGGCACGAUUGUCCCUCAUGGCGGCGGUGGUGGUGCUUCUUCUCAGGUUUUCAAAACAGGGGAGAAUGAAACAGAGUCAGUGUCAGGGCAAGAGGAGAAAGAAGAAGAGAAAGAAACGAGGCUGUGGAACUCCAUGGUUGAAGAAGCUUCGAGCAUGCAAGUGGGUUUGCGAGAUGGAGAAGGUUUGAACCAUGAUGCCAUGAAACGUUUCGUUUCGCCCGUGACAGCAAGGAUUGAAUCCGAUGAUUAUGCAGAGUACUUAAGAACAGAGCUUGUGUACCAAACAGGGUUGUCUCAAGAACCCAACAACACUCUUCUCCUUGCCAACUAUGCUCAGUUCCUCUACCUCGUUUUACAUGACUAUGACAGAGCGGAAGAGUACUUCAAGAGAGCGAUAGAGGUGGAGCCACCAGAUGCGGAAGCGUAUAAUAAAUACGCCACUUUCCUAUGGAAGGUGAAGAACGAUUUGUGGGCUGCGGAGGAGACUUAUUUGGAAGCAAUUUCUGCUGAACCUAGCAACUCUUACUAUGCUGCUAAUUAUGCUCACUUCCUAUGGAACACUGGUGGCGAGGACACGUGCUUCCCUCUCUCAUCACCUGACACCUCCCAAGAAGUUUAAGUUCGAUCAACAACACUCAACCAAAACAAAAUCAAAUUGCACAAGAAUGUGUACGUAGAGAAUAAAAAGAAAAGAAAGAAAGAAAAAAAAAAAAGAGAAAUUUUUUGUAGCUUAUAUCUUUUUUUUUUAUCUUGUAAAUUUUUUUAAUUGUUGGGAUGAGGUGAAAGAGCGAUCAUGAAGAUUAUUGUAUACUUUUUGUAAUUAUAAUUGUACAUAACUCUUAACAAUGGCUCCUUCCGAGUUUAAUGGGCACAUGUUAAUCCUCGAUUGAGUUAUGCAAAUUUAUAAUUAUUAUAGUUAUGU